UGAUGCGCUGCCAGCAGAGACGUAAAGUCGCGUAAUUGGUUGCGCAGCGGAGUUUGUGUUAAAUGCCUCUCGGGCUGAGCGCACUCCCCCCUCUGCGCCACUGAGCUCUCUCGUCUCACAGCGCUGCGUGCAGAGAGGGAACUUUCUGAACUCUCCUCACCUUCUAUUUAACUUUUUAAAACGUCUUCUUCCCUCUUCUUUUUUGGGGACUUUGAAUCAUGUUUUGGUCACUGUUGUUGUGCGUAAUCGCAGCCGUGGCGUCCGCGCCGGCAGACGCGCAAGUCUCCAGCCGGUAUGUUGUCGGAUGUCCUGCUCGGUGUGACAAGUCCUUGUGUCCCCGGCUACCGGCGGACUGCCCGGCGGGUCAGGCCCCCGACGCAUGCCACUGCUGCCCGGUGUGCGCGUCCGCUGAGGGCGAGGCGUGCGGCGGCAGCGGGAAGCUCGGGGACCCCGUGUGCGGAGAGGGGCUGGAGUGCUCCGUGCCCGGCGGCGUGGCGUACACCGUCACGGUGCGCAGGAGGAGCAAGAGCGGGGUCUGCGCGUGCAAAGCCACCGAGCCUGUCUGUGGAAGCGACGGGGUGUCCUACCGCAACGUCUGCGAGCUGAAGAGGGUCAGCCGCCGGGCGGAGAAGCUGCAGCAGCCACCUGUUCUUUUCAUCCAGCGGGGAGCCUGCGGGAAAGCUCAGGACAAUCCAGACAGCCCAAGACACAAAUACAACUUCAUCGCAGACGUGGUGGAGAGAAUUGCCCCGUCUGUAGUUCACAUUGAACUUUACCGCAAGAUGACCUAUUCCAAGCGGGAGGUGGCAGUGGCCAGCGGCUCUGGCUUCGUGGUGUCGGAGGACGGCCAGAUUGUGACCAAUGCCCAUGUCGUGGCCAACAAGCACCGGGUGAAAGUGGAGCUAAAGAGCGGCGCCUUCUACGACGCGAAAAUCAAGGACGUGGACGAGAAAUCGGACAUCGCCCUCAUCCAGAUCGAUGCGCCGACCAAGCUGCCCGUGCUGUUGCUGGGCCAUUCGUCGGACCUGAGGCCGGGGGAGUUCGUCGUCGCCAUCGGCAGCCCGUUUUCCCUCCAGAAUACGGUCACCACCGGGAUCGUCAGCACCACCCAGCGGGGGGGCAAAGAGCUGGGCCUGAGCAACUCCGACAUGGAAUACAUUCAGACCGAUGCCAUCAUCAAUUACGGCAACUCUGGAGGGCCUCUGUUGAAUUUGGAUGGCGAGGUGAUUGGGAUCAACACCUUGAAAGUGACGGCGGGCAUCUCCUUUGCCAUACCCUCAGACAAAAUCCGACAGUUCCUGGCGGAGUCCUACGACAGACAGUCCAGAGGGAGAGCAGCUGCUAAGAAGAAAUAUAUUGGUGUGAGGAUGAUGACCCUGACUCCAGCACUGGCCAAAGAGCUGAAGACCCGACACCGUGACUUCCCUGACAUCGCCUCGGGAGCUUACGUGAUGGAGGUCAUCGCCAAGACACCGGCUGCAGUUGGUGGACUGAAAGAGCACGACGUCAUCAUCUCCAUCAAUGGUCAGAGGAUCGCAUCGGCGACUGAUGUCAGUGCCGCCAUCAAGAAAGAGGGCACCCUGAGGGUAGUGGUGCGGCGUGGAAAUGAGGACGCUAUUCUCACUGUUGUUCCAAUGGAGAUCGACCCUUGACCCUUCCCCCCCCCCCCACAAAAAAAGUCCCACCACAGGAGCUGGAGCUAGGUUUUACUUGUCACCAGUGGACCUUAAAAUGGAGAUGGGCUUCAGUGACACACCCUCUCCCUGUGGCUAAAGGCCAGUGGCGCCACACAUCCAGGAAAAUUUCUGGUUUUGCCUUGAAAGGAACGACUGCGCAGAUGCUGUGUAAGCAGUACUGUUAUUUUGUUUUCCAUGUGUGUUUUCACUUUAAUACUUUCAUUAACGCUACUACUGUUUGGCCACAAACAUACAAAUUUGUUUUUCAUGCUUUUUCUUGUCUAAUAAGGACUUUUGCUCAGUCUGGCCUUUUUUUACGCAAUUUAGAGACUCUGGGCAAAUCUGAUUUGUAUAAUUGUUGUUUUUAAACUCUUUUUUUUAUGUACUGUAGAUUUUUUUUUUGUUUUUUAUUAUGUGCUGUAUCCUCGAAAAAAAAUAAAGGGUUGACCUUUUGUUUUUCACUCAC